CCACUCCAAUUAAUUGGAAAAAUUAUAAUAUUAAACAAAAAAUACAGAUUGUCUAAUCUGCCAUAAAAAAAAACAUCCCAGCCACCCUAAAACAAAUCCAACUAUUUUUAUCCUUUUAAGAAUGCCCAUUCAACAUUUCCCCACAUCCCCAGCUUCCCCCUUUUAACAAGGCACAGGAUAAGAUUUCAACCCAAAAGUUCUGCCAAAAGUUUCUGAAGUUCAUUUAAAAACCAAUGUUAUUUAAAAAAAACCCAGCCUCUACUGUUUGCUCUUUAAAAAUAAAAAUGACCCCCUGACCCUCCAGAAAAUAAAAAUCUAAAGUGCUGUGGGUGCGGAGGACUGGCUGUGAGAGACGCGUGAAUUCCUUUUCUCCUCUAAAGUUUUUGGAUCCAUGUCUCCUAAUGAUGUAUGGAUGAUAUAUUGCAUUGUGGGUGUCAAUAUAAGUGACGGCCAUAUUUGCCGGUGCUGCUACCGCUGUAAACAACCCAAAGUGUCUGGGGGAGACAGAGACGCUCCACUGAAUGUCAGGACAUUUUUAUUUCUUGCAUUUGCCAUGUCUCUAGGAAUGUCUUACAAGCCCAACUUGAACGCCCACCUCCCCGGGACUUCCAUCAACCAGGCUGGAAACGUUCACUCUCCCUCCACAAGUAUGGCAACCUCUGCACAAUACAGGCAGCUUAUAAAUGAUUACGGACCCCCGUCUCUAGGCUAUACACAAGGGAUGCAGGGUACCAGCAGCAGUCAAGUACCACAAAGCAAAUAUGCAGAGCUUCUAGCUAUCAUAGAAGAAUUAGGAAAAGAAAUUAGACCUACAUAUGCUGGAAGUAAAAGUGCCAUGGAGAGGCUAAAACGAGGCAUCAUUCAUGCUAGAGGAUUAGUUCGGGAAUGCUUGGCUGAGACUGAACGGAAUGCAAGAUCCUAGCCUACUAAUUAAGUUACAAGACUUUCCAUCUCUUUAUGAAGAAAAACGUAAUACUUUUUCCUUUUGAAACAUGCAGAUGAAUCUUUUUAUUUUGAAUGUUUUACUCUUUUUUUGUCCUUAUGAAAAUGUACAGUUAAGAAUGAGAAGAUAUUUCAAUUUAUUGAGGGUUUACAUUUUUUUUAGAUGUUAAACUCCCCAAAUUCUUUCUAAAAGGUUAAGACUAAAACUGCAUGCAGAGGAAUGUUUUCUCUCCCGCAGACUAUACUUAAGUUCCUUUCUUAUCCAGCCACAGUCUUUUUUUUUUUUUUUUUAAAUUUCUUUGACUAUAUUCACUUAACCCCACAUGGUCAAUCUUUCAACCUUUGACAUAAGCUCUAAUGAUUUUUUUUUAAAUAACUGCACUGGUAGCAUGUUUUACCUAGUAGUCAGCUAUACUCACACAGUUUGCCACACAGCAUAGACCCUGCUUAGAAAUAACCCUUUUUUUGCAUAAGCAUUUGCAUGAUUGUUAGUGCUUUGGAGUCCAUUUAAAGUGCAUGAGUUAUAAAUACAGAAGAUAGAGCAACCUAACAAACAAUAACAAGGUCCCAGAAAACUAAUUUUCACCCUAAGGCUGAAGAUUCCAAUUUUAAGUUUGCCAAAAAACAAAAUUCUGGAUAAAUUACUAAAACUUAUUUGCAUCUUUGUAUGUAUUUAUUACUUGAUGUAAUAAAGCUUAUUUUCAUUAACAA